CUGCGCCCCGGGGAGGCCGCCCGUGCGCGACGGGACCAGCAGCAUGAGCAGCGGCUACAGCAGCCUGGAGGAGGACGCCGAGGACUUCUUCUUCACCGCCAGGACCUCCUUCUUCAGGAGAGCGCCCCAGGGCAAGCCCCGCGCAGGCCAGCAAGAUGUGGAGAAAGAGAAGGAAAUUCACAAUUACCUCAGCAAAGAGGAAAUCAAAGAGAAAGUUCAUAAAUAUAAUUUAGCUGUCACAGACAAGUUGAAGAUGACCUUGAACUCAAAUGGGAUUUACACUGGUUUCAUUAAAGUGCAGAUGGAACUCUGCAGACCUCCACAGACUCCUCCCAGCGCCGGGACAGUCACCCCCAGCAGCAUUGGCUGUGUGAACACACUUCACAUCAGCAGCACCAACACUGUCGGCGAAGUCAUCGAGGCCCUGCUCAAAAAGUUUCUUGUGACCGAGAGCCCGGCCAAGUUUGCACUUUAUAAGCGUUGUCAUAGGGAAGACCAAGUCUAUGCCUGCAAGCUCUCAGACCGGGAACAUCCACUCUACCUGCGUUUGGUAGCAGGGCCCAGAACCGACACACUUAGUUUUGUUCUUCGGGAACAUGAAAUUGGAGAGUGGGAAGCUUUCAGCCUUCCAGAACUGCAGAAUUUCUUGCGCAUCUUGGACAAGGAGGAAGAUGAGCAGCUGCAGAACCUGAAGAGGCGCUACGCGGCCUACAGACUCAAGCUGGAAGAAGCCCUUGGCGAGGUGUGGAAGCCUGGCUAACGCCGGGGGCAUCUGCCAGGAAGGCCCCAGUUGGGACCCAUGUUCAAAGAGCAGCAAGUGCCUCUCUUCAGAGAGCUGUUUUCUUGCCCCAUGAUGCUAGGGUCUUCCCCUUUUAUCUCUGACUUAGUUCCCAAAGCCUGGUCACGCAGCAUGCCGCACCUCAUGCAUCCUGCGUAAGGGACUCUGCGAGCUUGUUCUGUUACGGCAUGGCGGUGUUACCUCUUGCAAGCUGCGAACCUGUAGGCAUCAGGAGCAUUCUAGAGUGCUUGAAAGCAUGAACUCUGGGUUGUUUUUUUUUUUUUUU